CUCUGGUACUACGGAAGCCGUGACUACUGAGCAUGCGCAGAGAAACUAGCCGACUAGCCUUCUUCUAAGCAACCAGACUGAAGAGCAAAUCCAAAACCUCCUUUUUGUCAGUGUUCAGAAUUAAGAAACCACAAGGCCAACGGUGAUAUUCUUGCUGUACUGCAUUAAUGGAUGGAUGGAUGUAUGCUUGCAUUAUAAAGACAACCAAGAAAACCAGCAUGAUUUAAUGCUCAUAACGCAGAGGAACCUUGAGGACUUCCCAUCUCGUGUUUUGAAAAAAUUUACACCUUGGUUUCCAUCUGGUGCUGACAAAUAUUUGCCAAUCAAACCUAAAAAGGCUCCCCCAGUAAUUUCACCCAAGCAUUUAAAAAGUGCCAGAUGCUGCCUGCAGAGGGAAGAGUUUGUUGUUCUCAGUUGCUGUCCUGAUGAUGAACAAUUUGAAGAGGCCCGCAAGAGAAAAUUUGCAACAAGCUCAGAAGGCAUCGAUGGAGAGUGGAAUAAUGCACAACUUGAAAAUGAAUCAAAGAAAUUUAGACGGUCAUGGAGUGUCUUUUCACAUAAAACAAAAACAGCUGAGAGCGUACAGCCAUUCUCUAGACAGUUCCACAUGGCUAUUCAGACAUUUGGACUUCACCACCACCAGAGAGCAAAAUGGAUUAUUUGUGAGCUAAACUGUGCACCAAACAGUAUUGAAGAGGUCUGGUCCAGACUCAGCCAUGCCAUUAAGCACUCCAGGCUUCCAACAUGCAAUGCUAAUUUACAGAGGAGUUUGGCACAGAUUUGGGUUUACUCAGAUGUGUUUUACUGUGAAUAUAUUGGUCAUUUCUUGAGACACAAAUUACAGCUCUCAGGGGAGAUUAAUUUAGCAGUCCAUAAACUGGGGAACAUUUUUAAGUUGUAAAUAUGUUGUAGAUUGUACAGUUAAUGUUUUUACUACAGCCGAAUCAUUAAGGAACAAGUCCUGACUGGCUGUCACUGAUUUCUAAAUUUUCAAUAAAAUAUGUUGUGGACAACAUGUUAAGGCAAAAA